UUACAGAAGCUUUGAUCCAAGAUAUUAUGAUGAUUGGCUUCUCAUUUUUUUUGAUUGGUCCUAAUUCAAGUUACUGAUAUGAUACCGUGUUUCAAAUUCUGCACAUUACAAUGAUGUUACGCUACUCGAGCUGCAGAUGUUUAUUGCAUGGAUACAAGUUUCCUCUGCGGGCUGUAUUACCGGGCCAUCAACAUGCUUCAGCUGCUUGUUCCAGUUCAUCUUCAUCAGUUAAUAACAACGUAGGAAUUUCACAUCGGCAAUCAGUGAAAUGGUAUGGAUAUGCAUUUCGAGACAGACAAGAUUCAUUCUAUUCUUUCAAUGAAUCAUUUGAGUUAUUGUAUUCCAUCUCAACCAGCACAAAUACUGCAAAGGAUGAACAAAAUGUGAUUGAAGUAUUAGAAUCUUUCUUUAAAACAUAUGGAUGGCACAGUAUCGAUGGAGUGUUGAUUGACUUGCUUCCUCAAACUUAUGAAAUGUUACUAUCGAGUUUCCCAACCGAUCACAACGCAUCUAUGACUGCAUCUGGCCAUACACAAAUAUGUGGUAGAGUAUUGAGGACUAAGUCAAGAACAAGCUUGCGAAGGCCGCAAUGGUGGACAUUUUGCACUCGAUCACGAUCAGGUCCUUGUAUUGCAACAAAUAAAGUAAUUAAGAAUCGUGGGACAUUACUGUGUAAAAGUGAACGUCACAUGGUAAAAUCGGCGGGUCAGCAUAGUAUGCAGCCCGUUUCAGGCAAAUUACGGUCUGUAGUAAAUUUUCAAUUACGGACUCUAAAAACUACUACAUGUCCGACUAUUAUUUGUGAUGUGGUGAUGUCGGCUACCACUGUAUCCUGUCAAGAGAAGGCUCAAAAACCAUUCAAGAAUGAGAGCGAUGAAUUGGUAACUUCAAAAACCAAAAUUGCAUCAGUAGACCAACUAAAGCACCUUAUUUUGAAAAAGGACGUUGCUGGCUUGCGACGGGUUUUGAAUACUGAACUUUGGCCAUCUCAUCGUCUCUUGAAAACGUUUGUUGCGGAACUUUUUGAAGUAUUCAUUGUAUGUGGAAAAGAUGCGAAAGAAGCUUUAUGGCUUAUGGACAGCUUUGCGUUAGCGAACAGUCGUGCUACACUGCCAAAUUCAGUUAUUUUACAACUAAUCACACGAAUCUUGACCGAAGAAGGAAUAAAAGCAGCAAUCAAUUGUGCUGUUUACUAUCGAAAUCUAUUACUAAUUAAGUCACCCCCCGAUGAUUUAUUUGCCGAUCGUUCCAUAGCUGUUGCUGAGAACCUUUUUACUGAAGCUUUCAAAAAAAAUGACUUGACGGGAAUUCAGGAUUUGUGCGAUAUAUUGAUUGACUUAGGCUUUCUUCGCAACUCUUCGACUUAUUUACGUGCCGUUGUUAAAUCCUAUCUGCGAAGUGGUGGUUUUGAUACAGCUUUCAAUAUGUGGUAUAAAAAUGCUCAGAAAUAUCGUAUUGCUGCGGGUUGUGAUCUUCUUAUACGGCAUACAAUUUUGGAAAAAAAUCUGAAAGAUGUAUUGCAAGAGAAAAGACUUCGAAAUAUUUUGGAAAAACUCAAUGAAUUUGGAGCAUUUCAUGAUGGCCUUGCUGAACUUGUUGUGGAGCUUUUAAAGGCGAAUAUGGUCUGCGAGGCGGAACUAAUAUUCAAAAGGUUGAAAAUAUCUGGACACCAUUUCAAACGGCCGAUCUUCCGCAUGCAGAGUAACCUGGACAAUUUGCCUUAUGUUGAACAUUUUGCGAUUGUUUUGUUGGCUACUUUACUAGAAGAAAGCAGAUCUCGAAACACUCGAAAAUAUUCGCGACAAAAAUUGUCAGAAGGAGGGUUAAUGAAGAAUUUUCAAGAAUCAACUCGCAAAAAUUACAUCCGAUCAUUGUUAACGAUUUGGCAGCCACACUAUAACCGAAGACAAGAAGUAGACAUAAAGAAGUUUAGGGCUGAUGUCGAGCAACUUCGAGGACUCAUAUAUGUGACCGAAAAUGUGUGGUUUGAGAUAGCAAGUGAAGCUGACGAUAUGGAAUCUUUAAAACGUUUACGGAACUGGAUUGCAAAGUAUAGGAGUAGCGAAUUCAGCAGUGUGAGGAAGAGACUGGAAAAUUUCUUCACAACAAAAGAAAUUACGAUGCCAAAUAAUGAUGGACGGGGAUCGUUGAUAAAGGAUCAAUGAUAUAACUUCGCGUUUCAACCUCUGACAUUUUCAAUUUUUUUCCCUUCUUGAAGAUUCAGCAAUAUUUGAACCUAACAACAAAGCUGAGCAAUUCGAAUGUUCCGGAUUCUCUUCUUAUUUUCUUAUAUCUGUAGUUUCCAUGUCUUGAGGUUUUUUUUUGAUGUGAUAUUGGUAGUGUUGGUUUUUUUUGUCAUUUUCUGAAAGUGCUAAAGUUUCCCAUUACAUUUCGCUGUUAUUUGAACAGGCUUACAUUGUUAGAAUUCUUUUUACAGUGACUUUUUUUUUCUUUUCGGUCGUUUCUUCAGGUUUAUAGUUCUUUGUUAUUUCUUGGAUGAUCACGGUUUCAUCAACAGCUUUAAUAAGAGGAAUUUUGUGAACAGUUCUUUUGGCAGUGAUUCAAUAAAGUCAGC